UUUCUCACAACACAAAUUAUAUUCCCAGUCGGAAAUAUUCAACCUGUAACAGAUGUCAUCGGCGAUUGUGAGAUCUACUCUUCGUACGGCGGUCCGCGGCGGCCCUCGCUUUAAUCCGGCUCCCAGAAGGUCAUUUUCCGCCGGAGCAUCGGCUGAAGAAGAAGCUCGUGAGGCGUCGAAAUGGGAGAAAAUUACUUAUGUAGGAAUCGUUGCUUGUUCGAUUCUUGCGGUUGUUAACCUGUCAAAGGGUCAUCCUCAUUUUGAAGAACCUCCUGCGUAUCCAUACUUGCACAUUCGGAACAAGGAGUUUCCAUGGGGACCUGAUGGGCUCUUUGAAAUUAAGGAACACCACUGACGCCCUAGUUGGAUUGGAACUUGUUCACGGGCAUUCAAAAUAAUAUAUCAUGCUUGUGUUCCAUCCCAUUUAUUUUUGUUAUAACUGGGGAUUGUUUCUUUUUUCCAUUUGUUUUUAUUUUGCUUCUCACCGGCAUCUAAGCCUAAAAAUGAAUUGAUUCAAGACGAUGUUUCAUGUUUUCUUGCAUCUAAGCCUAAAAAGAGCUUGUGCCUGUAAAUUCGCUCGUUUAAUAAACAAGUCUAAAUCCUGAGCUUUACCU